GCGGGGCUUAAGUGCAGACCACACCCUUCUCUGUGACUCCACUUUCGGCCUCUCUGCGUUUUCCAGCGAUGGUGUCUCCAUGGGAUCAAAACUUCAGCGUCACAGCUGGAGACUGGCUUCGUGGUCCCUGAUGGGAGAGCAAGAACAGGUGGUAUGUGCGACCCUCUUUUGGCCGGCCUACCCCGGGACCCUGACUACUGUGUCUCUCAUCUCUACUCAUCCCCUUCACUCUCCGUCACACCUUGGCCUGCCAACGACAAGAGGGGGUCCUCCUCAGACAGGGAUUUGGACUGUACCACCUGCUGGUCUAGGACCUGGGAGCCUGAGAUCGUGAAUGCUGCUUCAGAACAAGCAGCGAGGACUGUAGACUGGGGCCCUGAGUGGGACUCCAAGUGUCGUCCUCAUGAGGGUACCUCCAGUUCCAGCUCAGAUCUGCUCAAGGAGCUUUGUCCUGGCCGGGACCUUGUGAAGAGGAACCACACAACCAAGAAGUCCCUGGAGUCUGGCUCUGCUAAAGUAAAAGUUAAGAACACUAUGCUAGUCCCCGACUCUCAGAAGCUCUUGCGAUGUGAACUAGAGUCUCUCAGGACCCAAUUGCAGGCUCAGACCAAGGCCUUUGAGUUCCUGAACCACUCUGUGACCAUGCUGGAGAAGGAGAGCUGCCUGCAGCAGAUCAAAAUCCAGCAGCUUGAAGAAGUGUUGGGCCCCACAAGCCGCCAAGGAGAGAAGGAAGGCCGUAAGUGGGGCACGGAACAGGGUCGGCAGGAGCUGUAUGGGGCCCUGGCCCAAGGCCUGCAGGGUUUGCAGAAGACACUGAGGGACGGGGAGGAGCUGCAAAGGGCCCGUACCACUCGCUGCCUGCAGUUGUUGGCCCAGGAGAUCCGGGACAGCAAGAAGUUCCUGUGGGAGGAACUGGAGCUCGUGCGGGAAGAAGUGACUUUCCUCUAUCAGAAGCUCCAGGCCCAGGAGGAUGAGAUCUCAGCGAACCUCUUGAAUAUCCAGAAGAUGCAGAAAACGCAGGUGAAAUGCAGAAAGGUUCUGACCAAGAUGAAGCAGCAGGCAUAUGAACCGUCUUCGUGGCCAGAAACUGAGGUUGUGCCUGCAGAAGGCAAUGGCGGCUGGAAGGAUGACUUACAGAAGGAGCUGAGUGACAUAUGGUCUGCUGUCCACAGCCUGCAGAGCUCCAUCGACUGCCUUGCCUUGUCCAUGGGCACCAGGCCCAGGGCCUCCAGUCUCAGGGGCCACAAGGGACAGCGGUGCCCGAGUUCUCAGUAUCCUUCUUGGGACUCCGAUUCUGACUGGGAGAGACCUUACAGCAAGAGUGGAUCUCACCCUCCCGCUUGAGCAGCUGGGACUGCUUGCCCUGAAGACUCCUCCAGAGAGACAAUAAACUAGCUGAGACCUUCCUUCCUCCA